CCGUUGAUAAAGUUGUUCUGCAUAAAAGACUAAAAACGAUACGAAAACAAAACAAAAAAACUUUCCAUAACCCAUAUUUAAUGCAAAAUAGAUAGCACACUAGAUAAUAAUACAGCGACUAACUUACUAGUACCCCCCACUAACCACCCGGGUGGCCAUGUUGACGCAACGACUAUAUAGUCGAGGUCUGGCUAAUUACAGAGUUUGGCAGAGCUUGAGAAAAUUUGCAGCCAGUGCGAACAAUGCAAACGAUAAUGAUGUGGAUGAACGUCAUCCCCUCAAGGGUAUACGAAUUUUGGACUUGACGCGUAUUAUAGCCGGACCCUUUUGUACCAUGGUCUUGGCCGAUCUGGGAGCGGAGGUGAUUAAGGUGGAGCGUCCUCAUUUCGGGGACGAGUCACGCAAAUGGGGACCACCAUUUCUGGAGCAGAGCAAGGAUUCCACAUACUACUUGGCCUCGAAUCGCAAUAAACAAAGUGUUUGCAUUGACUUGAAGCGCGGCACGGAUAUGCUACACGAUCUGGCCAGGAUUAGUGAUGUUUUCGUGGAGAAUUAUGUGCCUGGCACUCUGGACCGUUAUGGCUUGGGCUAUGACCAGUUAAAGGAAAUCAAUCCCAAGCUUGUGUAUUGCACUCUUAGCGGUUACGGCUCAACGGGGCCAUAUGCUAAACGUCCUGGCUAUGAUGUGAUAGCAUCCUCAAUGGGUGGACUAUUGCAUAUUACUGGCCAGCCAGAUGGACCGCCCAGCAAAGUGGGUGUGGCUGUUACAGACAUAGCCACAGGCCUGUAUGCCCAUGGAGCCAUAUUGGCUGCCCUCUAUCAGAGGGAGAGAUCCCAGCGGGGUCAGAAAAUCGAUGUAGAUCUACUCUCCACGUGUUGUUCAUUGCUCAUCAAUGUGGGCAGUAACUAUCUAAAUGCCGGCACCGAGGCAAAACGUUGGGGCACACAACAUUCCAGCAUUGUUCCCUAUCAGAGUUUCAAGACCCGGGAUGGUUAUCUUACACUCGGAGCUGGCAGCGAUGCUCAAUUUGUGGAAUUAUGUCGUCGUCUUGGCAUUGAGCAAGUGUCAUCAGAUCCGAAAUUUCAAACAAAUCGAGAUCGUGUAACGAAUCGCAAGGAGUUGGUCAAGCUAUUAGAGGACAUUCUAAGCGGGGAUACAUCCAAGAACUGGAUGAAACAAUUCGAAGGAGCCUCCUUCCCAGUGGGACCUGUUAACAAUAUACGAGAGGUAUUCGAAGAUGAGCAUAUACAGGCCAUAAAUCUGGUCAAGACCCUACGACAUGAUAAGGACGGAGCAGUCAAGGUGGUCGGUCCACCUGUGGUCUAUAGUGAGGCGAGAAAUGAUGCCAGAACUGCCCCACCAACUUUGGGAGAGCAUACGGAUAAGGUGCUUAGUCAAUUACUUGGCUAUGAUCCUCAAAAGAUACAACAUUUGCGUGAUCAGGGCAUUAUUCAGUAAUCUGUGACUUGUAAAUCAUUAGAAAUAAUCUAGAAAUAUAUAUAAGCCCGUUUGAAAAUCUCCAGUGCUGGAAAUGUGAAACUUUCUCAAGUAGUUCUAAUCGCAGACGAUAUGCCGGUGCUGCCAUCCGUGCCAUGGCAUAAACGCUCACGUCGGGAACAGACCAUUCUUGUGGUGUUCUUUGCAUUCGCUUUCAUCCUGCUCAUCUCUAUCACCGCCGGCGUUGUCUUCUUUUGCGUUUAUACGCAAAAUCAUAAGUAUUUAGCACAUAAAGAGGACCCCCCCAAAGCCCUUACGAUGGUCACUAAGCAAGAGCCGAAUUCAACAAUGCCCACAAUCAAUCCUCGAUGACCGCAAUCCUUACCUGAAACUGAGCACGUCCAAUUGCAGCCACAAUAAGCCGAUUAUCGAUUUUACCAAAGCCAUCAUUUCCAAACGAAAAAGGGAAAACUAAUAAACCAAAAAAAAUAAGGAAAACUGAAGUGAUGUGAGCUCUAAACUUAAUUGAAAAUUGCUUUAUUGUAACUCACUUUGACGGAAUACUAAUGAGACUUUUUCUUUCAA